CCUCCCAAAGUCGUCGCAACGGCUUCCUCAAUCGCAGCAAAGAGUAGACUUGCUGCCCGCUCCGACCACCUCCACCCCGCCUCAACCACCAUGGCCUCCAAAGCCUUCGCCAUUGUCGCCGGUGUGGGCCCGGGUACCGGCGCAGCGUGUGCCCGUCGCUUUGCCAAAGCCUAUCCCGUCGUCCUGAUGGCACGCAACCCCGACAACUACGAAGGUCUCGUGCAAGAGAUCAACAAGAGCGGCGGCAAGGCCAUUGGCAUCAGCACCGACGUCUCGAGCGUGGAGAGCGUCGACGCGGCGUUUGCGAAGAUCAAGGCGGAAUACAAGGAUGCUGCGUGUGCCGCGGCCGUCUUUAACGCUUCCGGGAGAUUUGCUCGUGGACCGUUGUUAGAGAUGAAGGUGGAAGACUUUGUGGGCAGUUGGGACGUGAGCUGCAAGGGUGCUUUGAUCUUUGCCCAGCACGCCCUUCCCUUAUUGCUGAAGCAUGCCGAUGACUCCUCGGCCAAGCACCCACCCACCCUCAUCUUCACCGGUGCCACUGCAUCGGUCAAGGCGAAUGCGCAAAUGUCCGGCUUUGCCUGUGCCAAGUUCGCCCUGCGCGCCUUGUCCACCUCGAUCGCGAAGGAGUUUGCUCCUAAAGGUGUGCAUGUUGCGCACGCCGUGAUCGAUGGCGUAAUCGAUAUCCCGGCCACCAAGAACUGGCUGAAGGAUCAGCCGCACGAGGCGAAGAUUGGCGCCGAUGACAUUGCUGAGAGUUACUGGAAUCUGCAUACGCAGAGCAAGAGGUGCUUCACCAACGAAAUCGACAUCCGACCCAUGUACGAGAAGUGGUGAGCACAUA